GCUUUUGAUAGAUGCCUUACUGAGGGGGUUGAAAAAUCAAAAAGCUCAUGUGAAAAAAAGUUGGAGUCCAUCUUAUAUCCUAAACAAGCAUGUAGCGGUUUUCAUGGGACAUUGAGGUGUGUAGUUGAGAACAGUGGUACCUACAAACCAAAGAAAAGGAAACAAAUAUACCUGAAUGUGAUGUUGUCUUCAUCCCUGACUGACAGCAUUGAUGAGGAAUUCAGGAAGACCUUUCCAAAUGAAGCAGAACGUGGACCAUUCAACGGAGUCAUCAAUAAGUUUUCAGUCAACACACAGAGACUCACUGAAAUGAACAAAGCUGUCGAACUGCAACUGAUCUUUCUCAAGACAGAGGAGGACAAAAUUAAGACAAAACUCAACAAAACCAUCCGAGAGCGUAAGAAAACUAUCUACAACGGUCUGGAAGAGAAAAUCGAGGAAACCAUGCAAGAAUGCUAUAAAAAAGCAGCAGAUUGUAGAGGACAGGGUUCACUGCAACGGAUGAGGGAUGCUCUUCAGAUUCACGUACACGUUUCAAAGAACACCAUGUUUGAGGAGGCUAAAGCUGCUAUGUUGACCCAGCUGAAUGAGCUGAAGGAGGAAAUCCGGGAUGACCUGGAGAAAACCCUGACAGAAGCAGUUGAACUGUCGCUCAAGACAGAUGAUGACUCAAUCCCAGAUGUCUCAGAGGAGCUUGAGAGGGUGAAGGAAUACUUAAAGUGACCAUGGCAUGUUCGUUUUGCUCAUUUCCAGCCUUUUAAUGUUUAAUCUUGGGUACCUCUAGAUUAGCUUUGCAUCCCUCAUAAU